GACCUUGUUUCGUUUUCAACCCGUGGUUGUAGGAACACAAUAACCAACCAAUAUUGAGCAUUUGGUUAACAAUACUACAGUGUGUAUACAGAAGAAUGGCAGAAUGGCGGCUGUCAAUGGAGUUGAAGAUUGAACGAUCAAUUCUUGGUUGUUUGCUCAAAAUCAACUUCCCCAAUUUUCGCGGAGGCAUCAAUACGACAGUCAUCGUCUCAUCGGUCGCUGUUCAGAAAGAAGUCAGCAGUAAACCGUCAGAAACCUCAGUUAUAACAAUAUUUAUAUGUUGGUGUAACAAUAAAGAAUUCUCGAGCGGCCAAUCGGUGUUUUGGUUUUCGCGUCCGUUACUAUUAAGCGUUUCUGAAAAACUGCAGGGAACAGCGUGGGCCCGAGCGUAGCAAGAGCUGGGCAUUAACGGUUUAUGAGACGUGACUGACAGUUUCUGAUGGUAGAAACAGACUUUGGCGGAUUGAAACAGUUGGUGAAAGUUUGGAUAGUCGCCGUUCAUUUUUCCUGGUGCCGGUCAAGUCCUCUUUGAACAAGCAAUAUCUGGAACGUCUUUGGAAUUGGGUCAAGUUCAACAAUGCCUGGGUCAAAGAAGGGACAGAGUGUCUUGGAUGCAAACAGGAAAGUAAGUCAUUGUGACUUGUCUGUUAAUUGUAACGAUGUGUCUGAUGUUAAGCAUGACAUGGUUGAUGUUACUGUUUCGCCGUUCAGGGAUAAUAGGAACAUCAAACUCCCUAAAUUGGAACCACGGUGUUUUGAUGGAAACCCGGCUGAUUAUUUACAAUUUGUAAAGGAGUUUGAGAUCAUGUUGAGUGGUUUUUUAUUAAAUGAUGAAUUGAAGUUAAUGUAUUUGAUGAGAUAUUGCACUGGAGAUGCUGCAAGAGCUAUACAGUGCUGUAAGUUUAUGAAGCCAAAAGAGGGCUACUACGAGGCUAUGAGCAUAUUACGUCAAAGGUUUGGAAGACCUUCGAUGAUUGCAGGGAAAUUAUUCGAGGCUGUUAAGGGUAAUGGUGGUCAAUUACAGGAUGACUCCCAGGCACUCACUGAGUUUUUAGAUAAUUUGCUAAUUUACAAGAAUGCAAUGAUUUCGAUGAAUCGCAUGAGUGACCUCAACUCGAGUUUUAUACUAGAAGUAAUAGCAAGACGUCUACCUACUCGACUGCAAAGGAAGUGGGUGAAGAUAAGCUCCCGUAUGGAGGAUGAGGGUAUCGAGCCAAAGUUUGAUGAUAUCCUGAAACUGGUAAAAGAUAGUGUCAAUCAAUCUAUGAGCAAGUUCGCCAGUCUAUUACAUCUCACCCCUAGAAUAGAGCAGUCUGAGAUCAAAAUGCAAUCAUUGAUGACGAGUAGGCCUCAGAGAGGUGGAUAUCGAGAAGGCUCCAUGAUGUCUAGUAAUGCAUAUAGACCUAGUGAGUGUAACAGGUUUCGUAGUACAUCCUCAACAGAUAAGUUACAAGAUGCAAGACAAACACGGUUUUGGUUUGCACGUGUGCAAGAGGUGCAUACAAAGGUGAACUGUGAACCAGUGAGCAAGUUCAGUGAUAAGCUAAAUGUAAACUCCAGGCCUGACUCCGAAUUGUGUGACGAUAACUGUGCGGUCAGGAAGUCUGUAGUUGCAACUGGUAAGCCAUUGUUGAAUAGAGUGUCACAGAAUAGAGUUACUGCUUCAGAGUGCAGUUCUGACUCCAAAAGUUUACAAAGUAUAACUAGUCAGAGUGAAGAUAUAAAACCUUUAAUGAUUUGUGAGGAGGAACCAAAAUUGUCUACUUCUGUUAUUAAAGAGUUUGAAAAUGAUGAACUUGACGGUAAAUUGAAUAUUUGUGGUAAUGAUCAUGAUACUUCACAGUUGUCUUUGGUUGAUCAUGAUGAGAUGAGGGAUAUGCCUACUACUGCUAAGUUGAACAAAGGUUCUGUACAACUUGAACGUGAAGUAGAAAUAAAUGCAGAUGCAGUUGCAGAAGGCAUGCAUACUUGUGAGACCGUCAGUGUGAUUGAUCAGCAUGUAGCCCACCUAUCAUCAGAUGCUAGUGCUAAACCUGAGCUGAUAGUAAAAGACAGCAGUGGUGGUGGUCUUGCAGGUAGACAAAUUUCUGAAAGCCGAAAAAGAACAGCUUCUGAUCCACCGCUAAUUUCAUCAACUGGUAUCAAUCGGUCAUCGUUGGUGUUGUCAUCCACAAUGAAAAAGACGCCCAUCAACUCAAGUAUCUUGUGCAAUGACUAUGAUAGUAUUGGUGCAUUUGAAAAGACGAAAGAUAUUGCUCAGUUUAGAGAGGAUAAGCCAAGUGUAAACGAGAGAGUAAUUGUUAAAUUGACUUGCAUGAAUAAAGGCAUUUCUAGUUUCAAGUUACUAUUUGAAUGCUAUUAUCUUUGGUGUAAAUUACUCUGUUUCUACACUUGGUUGAUGAGAUAUGUCGUGUGUUUGUUAGUCAUCUAUAUUCUACGAUACAAUGACAUGAGCGUGUUACCGUUCAGAUUUGAGGAUAUAGCUGAUAGAAGGAAGUUAGCAAAUGAACUCUGCGACGAUUUUCCAACCUAGAGCGUCAACCUGAGAAGGGUUGUAGGCGUACUGCUGUAAGUCCUACAGUUCUUCAAAGGGUAGCGCAUCAAUGAGCAGUCCAAUGUGCUUGGUGUGUGAUUUUGUACAUAUGUUCAUAUUGUAUAUACUGAAUUGGUAUCAUUUAUCAUCUAGCUGUUGGUAAUUCUGUUUGUGUCCGGACGACUUCCACUUGGAUCAUCAACCUGAGAAGGAAUGUAGGCGUACUGCUGUAAGUCCUACAGUUCUUCAAGGGUAGUUUGUCAUGCCGGAAUCCACAACAUUUGAUGUAGUGAUUGUACAUAUGUUUGUGUUAAAUAGUUGUGUGAGUUCCAAUUAUCGUAAUUGUUGGUUAAUGUUGUUUGUGUCUGGACAUUCCACAAAUUACAAUCGUCAACGUGAGAAGGGUUGUAGGCGUACUGGUGUAAGUCCUGCAAUUCUUCAAAGGAAUUCCAUCAAGACAUGAUCCGCGAGUUUUUGUGUACAGUUUGUAUAUAUGUGUGGUGUGUCAUAUCAAUUGGUGUUUUUGGAUUAAUUGUGUUUACUUGUUGUUUUCGUAUCUUGUUGUUAUUGCGUAAUUUUGUUAAAAUUUUCGUCGUGAUUACUUCUGAAGUUGUUUCGAGUCUUCUACAUCCAUGAAUGAAUUGAUUGAUGUUAAGGACAGCAGAUGGGUCGUAUACGCCGGAGAGGCUAUUGCUGAGAAUGAAAUGCACACGGAGAUAAUUGUUAGCUGCGGUCCGACACGCCGGGGAGAAAGAGUGUAAACGACUGAGGCUCGCAUACGUCAUCGUUACUAGAAUUGAGGCAGAAUGAGUGACAAGCGAUUUCGGUGGUAAUUGGUAGUGAGUAGAUAAGAUGAUGAGGGUAGAGUAUCGUGAGGUAGUGCUAUGGUCACGUUGCAUUCUGCAAGAGUCAUUCUAGCAAGUGGUGAUUGUGUUGCAAGAGGAUGCUUUUAACUGGAAGGAGCAGGUCGUCAUUGAUGUGUGAGAUUGUGCUGUGGGUAUGCUUGUGGUGUGUUGGCUUUUCUGUUUGCUUUCCAUUUCAGCUCUGUCCGUGUGACCCAGGUUCUCGCAAUGGCAUCCAAGUCAACGUGUAUUCGUCGUGAAGGAAGAAAGGGUUGGAUCCGUAUUUUGCCGGGGAGUGUCAAUGUAGUUGAAGAUUGAACGAUCAAUUCUUGGUUGUUUGCUCAAAAUCAACUUCCUCGAUUUUCGCGGAGGCAUCAAUACGACAGUCAUCGUCUCAUCGGUCGCUGUUCAGAAAGAAGUCAGCAGUAAACCGUCAGAAGUAAUACUGUGAUUUAUUAUUGUAAUAUUUGUUCACAGACCUCAGUUAUAACAAUAUUUAUAUGUUGGUGUAACAAUAAAGAAUUCUCGAGUGGCC